AUGGUCAAAGAGACGGGAUACUACGAUGUGCUUGGCGUCUCGCCAAAUGCCACAGAGCAGGAGUUGAAGAAGGCGUACAAGACAGGCGCUCUUAAAUACCACCCUGACAAGAACCACAACAAUCCCGCUGCCGAGCAGAAGUUCAAGGAGAUCUCCCAUGCGUACGAGAUCCUGUCCGAUUCCCAGAAGCGCCAGGUAUACGACCAGUUUGGCGAGGCCGGCCUGGAAGGCGGUGCCGGUGGAGGUGGCGGCAUGGCCGCCGAGGACCUCUUCGCCCAGUUCUUCGGCGGCGGCGGCGGCCUCGGCGGCUUCGGGGGUAUGUUCGGCGGCAUGAAUUCCCAGCGCGGUCCUUCGAAGGCGAAGACGAUCCACCAUGUUCACAACGUUUCCCUCGAGGACAUCUAUCGCGGAAAGGUCUCAAAGCUGGCCCUUCAGCGCUCUAUCAUCUGCCCCAAGUGCGAGGGCCGUGGUGGCAAAGAGGGCGCUGUCCGGAAAUGCGCAGGCUGCGAUGGCCACGGUAUGAAGACGAUGAUGAGGCAGAUGGGGCCCAUGAUUCAGCGCUUCCAGACGGUAUGCCCGGACUGCAGCGGUGAGGGCGAGAUUGUCAAAGACAAGGAUCGCUGCAAGCAGUGUUUCGGCAAGAAGACGGUAGUCGACCGCAAGGUCCUCCACGUCCACGUCGACCGCGGCGUCCGGAGCGGGACCAAGGUCGAGUUCCGUGGCGAGGGUGACCAAGCCCCUGGUAUCCUCGCUGGCGAUGUCGUCUUCCAGAUCGAGCAAAAGCCUCACCCACGCUUCACCCGUCGGGAAGACGACCUCGUCUAUCAGGCAGAAAUCGACCUCGUCACGGCACUGGCUGGCGGUACUAUUUAUGUCGAGCAUCUUGAUGAUCGAUGGCUGAGCGUUGACAUUCUCCCCGGCGAGGCGAUUGCUCCUGGCACUGUCAAGAUGAUCCGUGGCCAAGGCAUGCCCGCCCCCCGCCAUCACGACUUUGGCAACCUCUUCAUCCAGUUCGCGGUCAAAUUCCCCGAGAAGAACUGGACCCAGGAUCCUGCUGCGUUCGAUGCCCUCCGAAAGUUCCUUCCCUCGCCUGACCUCGUCAACACUCCUCCUGCCGAAGCCAUGUCGGAGCCCGCCGAUCUCGAGGACGUCGACAGCUCUUCGAGGGGCUUCUCCGGCGCUAUGGAAGAAGAUGACGAACAUGAGCACCACGGCGGCGAGCGGGUCCAGUGCGCAUCCCAGUAA